CAUACAGCUGGAAGGGAUCUAUUGUAGCAGCAGGUACACAAAUGCUUGGCCUGCCAUCAGAAAGUCCUGAAGAAUUUUUGGCCAAACAGCUGUUUGGGGUGGAGUUACUGCAACAGAGCCUUUCAGUUUCGUUUCCUAGAUUCCUCUCUGCUCUUAGAAGAAAGGAUAUCCAGUAAAAUAAAAAGAAAAAUGACAGGAGAGAACAGGUUCUGCAAAAAUUGUAAACGAGAUGUGUCUGCUGCCAAUUUCUCCCUCCAUGAGGCCCACUGCAUGCGGUUUCUUACCCUCUGUCCAGAAUGUGAUGAACCAGUUGCUCAAAAGGAUAUGGAAGACCAUCAGACAGAAGCACACAAACAGAUCAGAUGCAGACUUUGUCACCAAAGUAUGCAGCAAUACAAGCUGGAGCAUCAUGAGAACAAGGAGUGCCAAAAACGAACCAUGAAAUGCACCAUCUGUGACCUUGAAAUGCCCUUCAACAAGCUACAGGAACACCUGGACACCUGUGCCAGCCGAACAGAGAGGUGUCAGGAGUGUAACAAAUACAUCAUGUAUAAGGACCAGCACAAACACAAGGAGAUCUGUCCAAACAGUGGUCUGUCCUAUCAUAAGGAUGUGGACUUUCAAACCAGUGAAGCAUCCACUAAUGCAACAGUUAUUCGCCCCAUUGGUACUGGUGGCAAUCUUUGUCAGAAGUGCAGUAAGUUAUUCCCAGAUGACCAGUACUCCCAACAUCUGAAUAAAUGCAAUGCAGCCCAUAAGCUGACAAAAGUUCUUGCUGGCCAGUCAGCUUCAAGCCUCAUCGGUGCUCCACCACGGUCUUCUUCCUCCCUGGCUCCCUCUUCCUCCUCUGAAAAUGCAAUGGCAUGGAAAGAUGUCCGUCCCAAAGGGAAAGAAAGGGAGCAGCCACUGACCUCCAAACCUUUAAAGAGCAAAAAGAUUGGCUUUCUGUCUCCCACAAGAGGCGGAUGUUCCACAUCACCUCAAACUCUUAAAGACACUCAGUCUUUUGACAUGCUGGUGACCUGUGACCAUUGCGACAUUCUACUGCCACUUCCAACCCUUCGGAAACACGAGAUCAAAUGUCUGCAUUGGACAACUUUGCAAAAUGCUAGGAUGAAACAAAAAUCAAGCCAUGGGGAAAAAGGAGACUCUUUCUACAGCAUUCGUGAUUAAAUCUGGAAAACAGAGGCAUGUCUUCAGAUUGAAUCUUCAGCUCAGCUUUACCAAAAGGCCCUGUGGAAAUAUGAUAGCUUUAUCGGCAAAUAAAAGUGCAGACUUGCUACUCUGGAUUAAGAACAAAGAGUGACUCAGAUUUUUUAUUCCUUAUCAAGAGAAGCAUUUAAAGGUUUCACUAGAAAACUGUAAAAGUUAUGGGGGCUCAACAGGUGCUGUUUCAAAUAUUCCUGUGCAAGCUUGCCUUAGGAAUGUCCUUUUGCCACCUGGUUCUGCAAGGAGAGCAGCUUAUUUUAAAAUAUAUCUUCUGAGGGAGAGAAGGAAAUAAGGAAUUUCAGAAUACCUUGUC